UUAAAAUAAAUAAUUUGCUGUUAUUUUAGCAAAAGACGAGGCCAUAAAGGUGGAGGACUGCCAUGAUUUCGGAAAUAGCUUUUUCCUGUACAGUGCAUUUUGCUGUAUAGUUUUGAACAGUUUUGAAUGGGUCCCGCUCAUGCCCAUCAGAGGUGUCUCAAUCAUUCUUUUUGUUAGUCCUUGCUGACUUGGUGGCAUGUCAAUCCCAGUCAGAUGAAGCCAUUGGUUGUUAAUGUAGUCUAAAUAAAAGGAUUGUGUGUGAUCAGUAAAGCACGCAGAUGAUAUUAUGAUGAACUCUAACUCACUUAAGAGGGUUGAUUGAUGAGCAACACUGAUUAAAUCUCAUUUCCUUAAUGUCUAAGGAUGAACUUUGCUGGCUCCUCGCUGACCAUUUAGUGCUACUCUACGUCUCAGAGAGGGUUAUGGAUUGUGUUUAGUUUAUCUCUCUAAGUCAUUACAAAUCACACUUAAUACCUGUUUGGUUCCAUCUGCAGGUGUUUAAACAGGUGUGCAGUCCAAAAGAGCUUUGUCGGACAUCUCCUACACUAUGAUAACAGCUGCUGUUAGCGAUACCGUUCCUCAAAUGAACUCAGGAAGUGUGUCAUAGGCGAAUGCCGCACAUGAAUGAACGUAAUCCAAAAGACAUCAUCUGCCACGAAACAAAAUGAUUAACUGUCUUCUGAAAUAACUUACACAAGGUCGGGUGGAGUGAGUGAUGUCAAAGCAUGACCAAAUUUGAAAGGUUACAGUAUCGACUCCGAAGUUUCACGCAGGAAAGGAAAACUUGCUGGCUUACUUUGUUUGCUUACUCACUGAUCUAUGGACAUGGUGAGUCUCAGCAAAGUGUUCCUCUAGCGCAAACGAUCCUUCAUAAGGCAGAAGGAGUUCAUCACGUGUGCAAGUGUAGUUUGCGUCUGUAGCAGGGGUUCCUGGUCCUGUCACAUUGCCCUGAUUUACUGAUUCCGUCACUGGCGAGGCUUUGGGUUCGAUAUCACUAAAAGGCUCAUCCAGACUAAUGGGGUUCCUAUGUGACGCAAACACUGUCUCUUAGUGGAAAUGGUUUAUUAGCCCAUAGCCAAUAAAGAAGAGGAGUUAGAUGAUGCCUCAAGAGUUCUGUAAUUGGCAGGCUAAGACAGCAGGCUUGUUAUGGUCUUAACCUUUUUGAUUCUGACAAAGGGUCACAUCAUCACGGAAACUCAAAUAAGGACAACAGCAAUGUUGCAAUUGAUCACACACAUUAUUACAGCACACACAGUGAAAGGGUAUUUGAGUUUGUUUUCCGCCAUCAGCAUUUGUCUUGCACGUAAUUUGAAAUGGAUUUUCGGAAAUGUCACACAUAAGCCUUGUGCCUUUUCCUCUCGGUUCUUUAAGUAUGUAACCAUAACAGUUUGGUACAUACGCCUUACUCAAGGUUUUCUGAACAGUUAUCAUAAUAAAAAAUUUUUUUUUAUGAAAAAUAAGUAUUAUGCAAAAUCUGUUUGUGUAAUAAUGCCAUAUAACAUACAGUAUGUAAAGACACAAUGCUAGACAGACAGACAGAAAUAGAUAGAUAGGUAGAUCACCACCAACAGUUUUGCAUCAGGUUGGAAAAAAGAAUUAUCAAAAUGGAAAAACAGGUCAUAGACUUUCUCUAAAUAGUUUACUUACAUUUUUUUUCCAAACGAUACUGAAUUUUGCUGAUCACUGGUGAAUUUUUGUGAAUGGAGCAGUUUGGGAUUGAAAAAUGACGUCAUUGCUGUGACACGCUCUUUGUCAUUUUCCAGAAGCCGAAGACAAUCUGAUUGGUUGGAUGAGGGAGCAGUGAGCUCUGAUUGGCUGCUGGAGAGUCAUUAAACACCCACACUGUCAACAGUGAGAUCCACAUGGGGACUAUGGUUAUGUUGAAGAUCUCCGCUUUCCUUGUUGCCUACGCUCUGAUUAUUUGCCAGAUGUACAGCUCUAAUGCAGCUCCUGCCAGGCCUGAACUGGAAUCAUCACCAGAUCGAACUACGCUUACUGACUAUGAAGCGAGAAGAUUGCUGCACGCAGUCGUCAAAGAAUACAUGCAGAUGACUGCGGAGGACAUGGAGCAACAAGCAGCUGAGGAAAACAGCUUGGGUAGACCGGUGUCCAAGCGCUGCUCCAGCCUCAGCACUUGCGUGCUGGGGAAACUGUCCCAGGAGCUGCACAAACUGCAGACAUAUCCACGCACCAAUGUAGGAGCGGGCACACCGGGCAAGAAGCGCAGCCUGGAAGAGAGUGAUGUGUUGGCUGGAUACGGAGAGGCGCUCAAUCCUGUCUAAUCGGCAGCGGCUGUAAACCCAUGCUAGGCCCUGAUAUGCGAGUGCAUGUGGAAGUUUGCUUGCCUGAUUGACUUGAAAGAACAUUUUUUUCUACUUUCUUUGGCAGAGUAGCAAAUAUCAGACAGACUCUGUUCCACUAAUUUUAUAUAGUCACUGGAUCUAUUUGGGUUAUAUAACUGAUUCAUGCAAUUGGGGGGCUCUCAUGGGUAGAUAGGGCAUAACCAUGAGCUUUUUUUAACCCACAGCAAAAUUCCUGUCUUGUGUGAUUUGACUUUGUUCUUGAUGUAAUAAAGAUAUUUUUAGAAGGAGAUCUUUCUUGCUUUUGUUUAAAGCUCAGAAAUUAACAACCAUUUUUAGCUUGAUAAAAAUAACACAUAAUCAGGCAUAAGUACCCAUUUUAGGUAAGAUAUAUUACUGCUUUCUCAAAUAUAUUUAAUACAUACAUUUUCUACAUUUCAUAUUCUUAAUAUGUUGCAUUCAUUUCUUCAAUGAAUAUAUCAAUUCCCAAU